AUGAAGUUUUGGGGACCAUGGUCGGUUGGAUUUUAUAUUUGCGUGGCCAUGCUUUUCAAAGGAUCCCUGCAGGGAGAACAUCAGAGGAAGUUGUACAAGGAGCUGCUGGCUAACUACAACCGACUGGAGAGACCUGUGGUCAAUGACUCAGCCGCCAUUCUUGUGGAGCUGGGGCUCACACUGCUGCAGAUCAUAGACGUGGAUGAGAAGAACCAAGUGCUGAUGACCAACGCCUGGCUGCAGCUGUACUGGACAGACAUCUACCUGAGCUGGAAUCCAGAACACUAUCCUGGUGUCCAAAACCUGCGAUUCCCUUCAGACCAGAUCUGGACCCCUGACAUCCUCCUUUACAACAGUGCGGACGAGCGGUUUGAUGCCACCUUCCACACCAACGUCCUGGUGAAUGCAUCAGGUUACUGCCAGUACAUCCCCCCUGGCAUCUUGAAGAGCACCUGCUACAUUGACGUGCGUUGGUUCCCCUUCGACGUGCAAAAGUGUGACUUGAAGUUUGGCUCCUGGACACACAACGGCUGGCUGCUAGACCUCCAGAUGCUGGAUGUGGACACAUCCAGCUACAUACCCAACGGGGAGUGGGACCUUGUGGGUGUGCCAGCCAAGCGCAAUGAGCUGUACUAUGAGUGCUGUAAGGAGCCCUACCCUGAUGUGACAUUCACGGUCACAAUGCGCCGCAGGACGCUAUAUUAUGGCCUUAAUUUGCUCAUCCCAUGUGUGCUGAUCUCUGGCUUGGCCCUGCUGGUCUUCUUGCUUCCGGCAGACUCUGGAGAAAAAAUUUCUCUGGGCAUCACUGUGCUCCUUUCGCUAACUGUCUUCAUGCUUCUGGUGGCAGAGAUCAUGCCUGCCACGUCCGACUCUGUUCCUCUCAUCGCCCAGUACUUUGCCAGCACCAUGAUGAUAGUAGGGAUGUCUGUGGUAGUGACAGUUAUAGUCCUGCAGUUUCACCAUCAUGACCCUCAUGGAGGCAAGAUGCCCAAGUGGGUUCGGGUGGUCCUGCUGAACUGGUGUGCCUGGUUUCUGCGUAUGAAACAGCCUGGCGAUGAUCGCAAGCGGCAAGGUUACAAGUACAGUCACAACUCCCAGCACCACUCCAGCACCGGCUCUAUGGAGAUGGGGGCUGUUCCCAGCCUCACUAUGCCCCUCUCACAGCCACCUUGCCAGACAGGCACGUCCAACGGUUCCAUGAGCCUCUACUUUGGCAAUUACCACCCCAUAGAAGGCUCACACUGCCCGCCUUCUAGCGACUCCGGGGUAGCGCUAGGGGGGCGUGCCCAUGGCUCCCCAAGUGAUGAGGCUGAGACAUCUGGAGGAGUUGGCAGUGGUAUCGGAGGCCUGGGGAUGGGAGUUGGACCUGGGUUGGGGGUCGGCAUCCCCCCACCAGAGAUCCAGCACAUCUUGGAGGAGGUGUCGUACAUAGCCCAGCGGUUCCGGGACAAGGACAGGGCUGAGAUCAUCUGCAGCGAGUGGAAGUUUGCAGCGGCGGUGGUGGACCGGCUGUGCCUGGUGGCCUUCUCUCUCUUCUCCAUCAUUUGCACCUUCACCAUCCUCAUGUCAGCACCCAACUUCAUAGAGGCUGUUUCCAAGGACUUCACAUAG